GCCGCAGUCGACUGGGCUUCUAUAGCGACACCACCACGAUUCGUUCAUGAGCCGAACGAGCCAGUAUUAUAUUUUAAAGUUGAAAAAGUUGGUACGGAGCAAACGAAAGCUCCAGAUAAUCUCUUCCAAAUUACUAUCAAUUGUAUAGCCGAAGGAAAUCCAGUUCCAUCGUGA